AGCCCAAAGCACCAUGGUUAAGCCCCUUCAAAUCGAUUUGGAUACCCACCAAAUCGAUUUUGCAGAAACUAUUUUCACCCAUUCAAAUCUGAAACAUAAAUUGGGAUAAUUUAUGUUUAUUUUGGGAUAAUUUUGGGAUAAUUCUGCUGACAUAAAUUGGCAACCAAAUCAUUCUUCCUCUUGCACUCCUUCUAGGUUCAUGAGGAUCGAAAAAGUCAAAGAUCCUAGUCGUCUUCUUCGUUGGCUGCAGCUUCUGAGUCUCUGAAUUUUGAAAUCAUAUUGGUGCUGAUCAUUAAUCAGUUGAAUUGAAGCUUAUUUGAGGUUCAGCUGACUAGUUUUUGCGUACCCCAUGAAUAUCUUAAGAGCGCAUUAGCACAGGGGCUCCCAUCAAUUUCAAAUUUUCUAUCAUUUUCCCUCUUCGUUCUGCAACAAGAACAAAUCAAACAAACAAACUCCAUGGCUCUUGACGUUACGAUCUUUGAAACCAUAAUCCCCUCUCGCUUCCUCUCCUUCACUGUCCCUCACCCUACUCUCCACACCCACCUUCUUCGUGUGGCCGUUCUCGAUUCACCCAUCCAAACCAGCGACUCGCUCAUUGUCGCCGCUCUUUUUGUCCCUGAAAACCGCGAAUCAGACUGGAUUUUCUCCACCGAGUCCGGUCAUCUCCAGCUUCUCCUCUCCUCUCCUGGAAUCUCUCGGCUCAUAUUGAUCGGAAAAAACCCCAUCAAUGUUCCUGAUUCUCUCAUGAUUUCGCACAAGAGAGAUAAAGAUACCCAGUUCGUGAAAAACCUUGAAAAUAGCUUAAAACCUCUUCUUAUCGCUUUAUCUCCCAAGCUUUCUGUUAAAAAUGGGAUCUUUGAUAUGCCCUUCUUGCAUUAUGAAGAUAACUUGAUUUGUAGUGUGGUUUUAGAGAGAAGUGUUGGGGUUUUGGUGGGUGAAAUGCUUGUUGAAGAUGUUGAGAUAGAGAGUCACAGUGAAUUGGAUGAUAAUUGUAGAGAACGAGAGUUUAGGAGGAGAAUGAGGUUUAAAAGAAUGCCGAACUUGAUUCAAACAGAGAUCCGAAUAGUGCCUGAACCAGAUUUUGUUUUAGAUCGAAUAAGAAUUGGUGGUAAAGUGCAGUUUAGGCCUGAUACUGGGGUUUUGGUGCAUCCAUAUUUGAUACCAAUGGUAAGUGGUCUGUCCUUGGUAGGUCCUCAUAUUGAGGAUAGGAUUCAAAAUGGGUAUAAGCCUAAAGCUUUGUGUUUAGGAGUUGGAGGUGGGGCUCUGCUUAGUUUUUUAAGAAGCCAAUUCGGAUUUGAAGUUUUUGGUGUGGAAAUGGAUGAGGAGGUUUUAAGGGUUGCAAGACAGUAUUUUGGAUUGCAAGAAUGCGAAAUUCAGAUUUUCGUAGGAGACGCAAUACAGUAUUUAGAGACAAUCGCUAGUGGAGGCAGUUCCUCAAAUUUUGUUUCUUGCAGUGAUGAGGAAGAUCAUUUGAACCAUGCAACUGUUUUCAAUACUAAGUUUGACGUUAUUAUGGUUGAUUUGGAUUCCUGUGAUGCCAUGAGUGGUAUCAGUGCUCCUCCGAUGGAGCUUAUUCAGAGCCAUAUUCUUUUUGCUGCAAGUUCUGUUCUUUGUGAUUUUGGAAUUCUUAUUAUCAAUGUGAUUCCUCCAAGCAGGCCAUUCUAUGAUACACUAAUACAUAAAUUCCGGGAGUUUUUUAAUGAGCUGUAUGAAAUUGAUGUUGGAAAUGGAGAGAAUUUUGUUCUUGUUGCCAAAAUGCUGCCUUUUCCGUCUUCAGUCAGUGAGAGCCAAAAUACUUUUCUUAAGAAACUAAGGGAGGUGGUUUUGGGAAAAUACUUGGAUUCCAUCAGGAAAAUUUGAGGCCUAGUUGAGGAAUUGUAUUUUGAAGAUCUUAUUUAAAGGCAAAUCUUGCUUUUAAUCAACUGACAAUAUGAGAAUUCACCGUGUUUUUGAAGUAAUUUCUUGUACAGUUGGUUGAACUUGAUGCAAACUUCAGAAGAAUGUGUGCUUAUCUUAUGGGAGCCAGUAUACAGGUGACAUAGCUAUCUAGAUUUGUAAAUAUAUUUUUAUAAUUAGAACAUAUAAUGUCUUAGGAAGUUGAGAAUGAAUUAAUUAUUCGCCUCUUAGUAAAUUCCAAUUGGUUUGUCUUGUUUAGAAAAACGUUCUCAUUGAAUUGCUUGGAAGGGCAUAACAAAAAAGGGUGCCUGCUAAUGUGGAAGAUUGUGAAAAUUCUUUUCAACAUGUAUGCUCGAGUUACUAAUACUUAUUGUAACAUUUAGAUGAUUCAGCAAUCAAUACUUCAUGCUUUUGUGGACGGUUUUUAGAAUUUUGAAGGAAUAAUGUUCUGCCAAAGCUCUAUCAGGUGACAGAGUUUCUUAUAUCUCUAGAUGUCAUAUUGGCUGUUGGUCGUGUUACAGCCUUUAAUAGUUAUGUGUGAUAGGAGUCUGUCAAUUGAUUUUAAUUUGGAUAGUUGUCUACCAUUGUUACGAACCUUAAAAGGCUUUCCACUUAUGCUUUGGUUUAUUCUGUUUCUUUUAAACCUUGCAUGUUAUAGCAGAAUACAAUAGUAUGGUUGUCUUACCUAUCUAGUUUUAGUGUUUUACCGCUCACAUUGGUUAUUUAUAUAACCAUGCUGUGCGCAUUUCUGUGACUGAAGUUAGAGAAGAAAAAGCAACGAUAUCAUCCACUUACCUGUAAUGGCCAUGCAAUGCACUUGAAGACUCUUUUACCAUCAUGUAGCAGGGAAAGGGAGUAUUCAUAUGAUGUCAAACUAUGAGUUCAUUUAGUUUUGUUCAUGAGUAUUAUCAGUGGGGGAGAGUUCUAUACAUUCAGAAAGGACCAACUCUUUGCCAUUUUUCUAAUCACUCAUUAGAGCCAUCUAAGCAGCUUGGUUGAUUAGAAAUUAAAGCCAAAGUUGCCAGUCUAAAUUCCCGGGUUUGAAGUUGAAGUCCAUUAAAAUUUUUUGCUAAUGGCAUUCAAAUGAAAAUGCUGCCCCACCUUAACAGUUUUGGUGCUCUAGGUUUGGAUAUUGUGAAGAAGUUUAAGAAUAGUCGUCAUGAUUUCUUUCUGAAGAUUGAAGAGAGAGAGAGAGAGUAUUGUGUGUGUUUUUAAGUUUUGGUUUUCUUUCUGUUAUUCAAUUUUUGUUUCUGGUAGGACGUAGGAGGCUUAUCUUCCAACAAACUUAAACUAUGCAGUAAGAUCUCGAAAGGGAAUUGUUGUCGAGUUCAACAUGGGUUUGAGGACAUUUAUUAUUUUCCUUUACCUGUGAUUUGUAGUAUAACAAUUAAAACUAAUUUAUUUUCUACUCAUUCUAGAGAAGUUGUACUCUCUAAUUUUUUUUGCUAAUGACAUUAGAUUAAAGCUACUUUAUGGUCCCUCAUGACAUUGACCAACUGGGCAUGGCUGUUUUGCUUUUUUCCAGUUUUAAUUGCAUAUUAAGUAAUUGUGCAGUCCACACGUUGCACAAAGGGGAUUGGCCUCAAUUCAUAGCUAUCUUUCCUUCCUCAGUUCUCCAAUAUGCAUAAUACAGUUUGCAAAUUGUGGAACCAGACUUGCUGUGGGAUUUCACUGUGGCAAGGUGGCAAUGCUUGAUAUGAGUCCAUUAUCAGUGUUAUUUCUUACUGGUAUCCAACUCUACAUCACCUGUCAAGUCUCUGGCUGUGAAGUCAUUUCAGAUGCUAUUAGCUCAAUAAGUAAUCCAGAGCACGGUGAGUCCAAAAGCAAGGCAGAUCUUGUGAAGUGGGAAGUGUUCCCUAUGAACAAAGAUGCACAUGUUGUCAUUAUAGAUUACAAUACUGACAGUUUAAGUAUGCUCUCAAUCAAUAAAACAUUAAAAGGAGUUGAUUGUAAUUUUUAUGCAUAUCAUAGGCAACUAUUUUCAUCUGGGUGAAGAAUAGAUAUCCUUUGCUGCCUUCAAGUUGUAUGAAUUUUGGAGUGGGAACUUAAUCUCUGUAGUUUUCAGCAAAAAAGAUUCUUGGACUGGACUUGGAAGAGUGAAACUAAAAUUGAACAUAAUCAGGGUGUCACUCCCUGUGGAAGUGCUCUUCUUCAAGUUGACUGUGAAACCUCUGCUGAAACUGCCUAUUCUAGGCAGAGAGUAGAAAAUUUACUUCUUCUGAUUUGUUGCGAGGAUGAGUUGCAUUAAUACUCUAUGAAGUCUCUUAAUGAGGUGCCUUUGAUUUUAUCCAUUUUCAGUUUUGACUUGCAAAAUUAUGCAUCCCUAAUUUCCAGUGGCUGAAACUUUCUCAUUUUGGGGCAAUAGUAAUGCUAUUUGAAAGGUGAAUCCUUUGAAACCAUGUUGUUGGACUACCACCAUCAAGAGGGAUGAUAAAGAGUGUGGUUCAUUGUCCUCUUAUAGGACUGGUGUGAUUGGAAUAAGGUAAAGCACUCAUCAUACCUUUGGUUAACAGCAGAACCUGGUUGUAUCUCACCUCUAGUGGAAAUUGAUGUACUUUAUCAAUCUUAAUACUAGUGCAUUGAUCUCAAUUAAUCAGUGUACAAAUGGAAGCAAAAUUUAUAUUUGGCAGGUCUUUGUCAGAUCUUGAAGUGGUAGGAGAAAGCUUUAUAAUGUCAAUUCUAAGGUGGAACUUUAAGACUAACAUGGAGAAGACGAUAUGUUUAUCUGAGACUGCACAGAUUAUGCUGGUUUGUCCUUUAAUUUUCCAUCUUUGAAGUGGAGCAGUUAUUUAAAUUUUUACCAAAUUUUUAUAUCACCAGGAUGAGGGAAGAUUCUGAUCUACAAUUGCCUGAAUUAUCUUCGUGAAUUGUAGAGCCCACAGUUAUUUCCUUUUUUUUUUUUUUUUUGUAAAAUGAAGAAAGAAAAUGUCAACCAAUAAUUAGAUUUGAUAAAUUUGUUUUCCAUUAUGGCAAAACUUAUAUGAUUAUUUAUAUAAAACUUGAGAUUGUGAUAUUUAAA